CAGCAGGCAGUUAUUUUACAGGAACGACUAAACAGGAAUUUGUUGGAUAAGCAAUUUGCGAUAUGGCGUGUUCCAGCGCCAUGGUUACCACGAACCAAGAAAGCACAAGGCACGAAACUGGGUGGAGGCAAGGGCAACAUUAGUCAUUAUGUGACUCCGGUUCGUGCGAAUCGUAUCAUUCUUGAAGUUGGCGGUUUCAUCACCGAAUAUGAGGCAAGAGCGUAUUUGAUGUAUCUUUGUGAACGAUUCUCAUUCACCGUCGAAUUUGUCAGUGCUGAAAUUUUGGCUGAGAGGAGACGAGAAGAGCAACGAAUUGCACAAUUGAAUGUGAACCGUUUCAAUUGGGAUACGGUAAUCAAGUAUAAUAUGCAGAAUUGUCGAAGUUGGCUGUCUCAGUAUGAUGUUGCAUGGAAAGGUCGAUAUAAAUAA